UCUGAGAGAAAAAAAAGGGGGAGAGAGAGAAAGAAGAGCAGGAAAGAUCCUGAAAGGAGGAAGAGGUGGCGAAAAAGCAACUACCUUGCUGGAUUUGUCUUUCUCAGCACGUUGACGGAGCCUUGGUUUUCUCUCUUAAAGAAGUGGUUUUCAGAAGUCCACAUUUGAGCUCUCUCCUUCCUGCUUCCUCCUUGCUGUGGUGGCUGGGAUGCUUCUCCCAUGAUACUUUGGAUCUAGCCUGGGCUGUUUUCUGUUAAACCAAUCAGUUUCGACCUUCUCUUAACAGUGUGCAGUGAGGGGCCUCCUCCCUCCCCCCCUCCCUCAGUGGGCCACCUUCUCUUGCCCUGCCCUCACCUCCAUGGACGACUCGGAGGUGGAGUCGCCCGCCAGCAUCCUGGCCUCCGUGAAGGAGCAGGAGGCGCAGUUUGAGAAGCUGACCCGGGCGCUGGAGGAGGAGCGGCGCCACGUCUCGGCGCAGCUGGAGCGCGUCCGCGUCUCCCCGCAGGACGCCAGCCCGCUCCUGGCCAACGGCACGCUCACCCGGCGGCACCAGAACGGCCGCUUUGUGGGCGAUGCUGACCUUGAGCGACAGAAAUUUUCAGAUCUAAACCUCAACGGACCCCAGGAUCACAGCCACCUUCUGUACAGCACUAUCCCCAGGAUGCAGGAGCCGGGGCAGAUUGUGGAGAGCUACACGGAAGAGGACCCCGAGGGCGCCAUGUCUGUGGUCUCUGUGGAGACCUCGGACGAUGGAACCACUCGGCGCACAGAGACCACAGUCAAGAAAGUGGUGAAGACUGUGACGACUCGGACGGUGCAGCCAGUCCCUAUGGGGCCCGACGGGCUGCCUGUAGACGCCUCAUCGGUGUCAAACAGCUACAUCCAGACUCUGGGCCGUGACUUCCGCAAGAACGGCAACGGGGGCCCUGGUCCCUACGUGGGGCAAGCAGGCACGGCCACCCUCCCCAGGAACUUCCACUACCCGCCCGACGGAUACAGCCGCCACUAUGAGGACGGGUAUCCCGGGAGCGGCGACAACUACGGCAGCCUGUCGCGGGUGACCCGCAUCGAGGAGCGGUACAGGCCCAGCAUGGAAGGCUACCGGGCGCCCAGCCGGCAGGACGUCUACGGGCCGCAGCCCCAGGUCCGGGUGGGCGGGAGCAGCGUGGAUCUGCACCGCUUUCAUCCGGAGCCCUACGGGCUGGAGGACGACCAGCGAAGCAUGGGCUAUGAUGACGUGGAUUACGGCAUGAUGUCCGAUUACGGCACGGGCCGGCGGACGGGGACCCCCUCCGACCCGCGGCGGCGCCUCAGGAGCUAUGAAGACAUGAUUGGUGAGGAGGUGCCAUCAGACCAGUACUACUGGGCGCCUCUGGCCCAGCACGAACGAGGGAGUCUGGCGAGCUUGGACAGCCUGCGCAAGGGCGGGCCCCCGCCCCCCAACUGGAGACAGCCAGAGCUGCCCGAGGUGAUCGCCAUGCUGGGCUUCCGCCUGGAUGCCGUCAAGUCCAACGCGGCUGCGUACCUGCAACACCUCUGCUACCGCAACGACAAGGUGAAGACCGAUGUCCGGAAGCUCAAGGGCAUCCCAGUGCUGGUGGGACUGCUAGACCACCCCAAAAAGGAAGUGCACCUCGGAGCCUGUGGUGCUCUCAAGAAUAUCUCUUUUGGGCGUGACCAGGAUAACAAGAUCGCUAUAAAAAACUGUGACGGUGUUCCUGCUCUCGUGCGGUUGCUCCGAAAGGCUCGUGACAUGGACCUCACUGAAGUAAUUACUGGAACCCUGUGGAAUCUCUCAUCCCAUGACUCCAUAAAAAUGGAGAUCGUGGACCACGCGCUGCACGCCUUGACGGAUGAAGUGAUCAUUCCCCAUUCGGGCUGGGAGCGGGAACCUAGCGAAGACUGUAAGCCGCGCCACAUCGAGUGGGAGUCCGUGCUCACCAACACAGCUGGCUGCCUCAGGAAUGUCAGCUCGGAGAGGAGUGAAGCGCGCCGGAAACUUCGGGAGUGUGAUGGGUUGGUGGAUGCUCUCAUUUUCAUUGUCCAGGCUGAGAUUGGACAGAAAGACUCGGAUAGCAAGCUUGUGGAGAACUGUGUCUGCCUCCUUCGGAACCUGUCCUAUCAAGUUCACCGGGAGAUCCCGCAAGCAGAGCGCUACCAGGAGGCGCCUCCCAAUGUCGCCAACAAUACCGGGCCGCACGCUGCCAGCUGCUUUGGGGCCAAAAAAGGCAAAGAUGAGUGGUUCUCCAGAGGGAAAAAACCCACAGAGGAUCCAACAAAUGAUACAGUGGAUUUCCCUAAAAGAACUAGUCCUGCUCGAGGCUAUGAGCUUUUAUUUCAGCCGGAGGUGGUUCGGAUAUACAUCUCACUCCUCAAAGAAAGCAAGAAUCCCGCCAUCCUAGAAGCGUCAGCCGGGGCCAUCCAGAACUUGUGUGCUGGGCGCUGGACGUAUGGUCGAUAUAUCCGCUCAGCUCUGCGUCAAGAGAAAGCUCUUUCCGCCAUUGCUGACCUCCUGACCAGUGAGCACGAGCGGGUUGUGAAAGCGGCAUCCGGGGCCCUGAGGAACCUGGCUGUGGACGCGCGCAACAAGGAGCUGAUUGGUAAACAUGCCAUUCCUCACUUGGUCAAGAAUCUGCCAGGAGGGCAGCAGAGCUCUUCCCAGAAUUUCUCUGAGGACACCGUGGUCUCUGUUCUGAACACCAUCAACGAAGUUAUCGCUGAGAACUUGGAGGCUGCCAAAAAGCUCCGGGAGACCCAGGGUAUUGAGAAGCUGGUUUUGAUCAACAAAUCAGGGAACCGCUCAGAAAAAGAAGUUCGAGCAGCCGCGCUUGUAUUACAGACGAUUUGGGGAUAUAAGGAACUGCGGAAGCCCCUGGAAAAAGAAGGGUGGAAGAAGUCCGACUUUCAGGUGAAUCUGAACAGCGCUUCUCGGAGCCAGAGCAGCCACGCCUAUGACGACAGCACGCUGCCCCUCAUUGACCGGAACCAGAGAUCAGAUAAGAAACCUGAUCGGGAAGAAAUUCAGAUGAGCAGUAUGGGAUCAAAUACGAAAUCGUUAGAUAACAACUAUUCUACACUGAAUGAAAGAGGGGACCACAACAGAACGCUGGAUCGAUCCGGAGAUCUAGCUGAAAUGGAGCCACUGAAGGGAGCGCCCCUGAUGCAGAAGAUAUAGCGCCGCUCUCUCCGCUGCAUCCGGGCUUAUAAUAUAUGUGCUUUCAUUUUUUGGUGGUGAAAUGGACUGGUGAUUUUCCCUUUCUUCGCUGGACUGUUGUGCCACCUGCCAGGCUGCCUCCUGCCUUGAUGGCCCUAAGUGGCUGCCUUCUUUCCAUCAACUCCCUAACUGCUUCCGGUGAAGCUUAAUUGUCCCUCUUCCCCCCUCCAGACCCCUCCAGUCACUCCCAAGAAGCCUGACUCAGUUAUAGACAUAUCUUGAGAAACUGCUGCAGAUUAGCUCUUUUUGCCAGCUCUCCCUGGAACUCUUGGCCUUGGUGGAGGGAGGGAGAGAGUGGGAACCUUCACUGGAAACCUUGGAAAGAACCGGAAGUUACAUGCUAUACAUGCCAUGUCCAGCAGUCUGAUAAACUGAUGAUUCUUAAUCAAGAUUUUUCUUUUCCUGGUGGGGAAGGGACUUUUUUUUUUUUUUGAGAAUGGAAAGUGUGAGCUCUUCUUUUAUUCCUAAUGACUAUUUUUGAAGCAAAGAAGGCCGGCAGCGUUGGCACAUCCCACUUGGCAAGGGCCCUUGAGUAAGUGAAGGUUUCCUAGAGUGGGGAGUGAGAGGCCUUGCCCUGAUCCUCUGCGGGGCAGGACCACCCAAGGACCUGCACCCCCCAUCUCUUCCCCAAGCCUCCUGCCAACCCCGGCUGCCCCCGCUGAGGCUGUCCCGAACCCUCCUCCCCCAGUUCGUGGUAAUGUCUGCUGAUUGGCCUGGCCGUUUGCAAGAGGCUGUAGAGAGAGGAGAACGUGUCAAGGAAGACUUUUUUUGGGUGCAAAGAAGCAGAAAGAUGUCUUCGGGGAGGAGAAGCGCCUCUGGGAGGAGCUCGUAGGAAUGUACAUGAUCCGUUUAGUCCGAAACUGGCAGGAAGCGUCCCAGCUGGCUCCCCCUGCCCUGCUCUCCCCUGUCCUCACCCCUGCAGCCCCGUCCUGCCCCCGCCUCCCCCCUGGACUGGCUGGCUGGCUAAAGGACUUGAUGUACAUACUCCUGCCCCCUCGACCCUGAAAAGGUGGGGUUCGCCCCUGGCUCUGCCUCGUCUUUGUGCCUUUGGCCUGGGGUGCAUCUCCUCCUUCCCUUCCAUGUGCCUUUCUUUGCCUCUGCAGUCUCAUUUCUCAUGAUUUUGCAAAUUAUACUUUGUUGCUUUCUGACCUACUCUUGGCCCCAAAUAGCAGAAAGAAGAGACGGGACCUAGAGAUCCUCCGUCUCUCCACCGGGAAUUGGAACAGCCUCUAACUUUAGCCAUAGAAGGUUUUUGCUCAACUGUAUAUGUUGGGGUUUUGCAAAAGUCCUGUUCUGAUGAGUCUCCAGAUGAGGUUGGUUGUCCAGGAUCACCGUCAUCUCUGAAGGGGUGACAGGGACGGCGUGUCCAUCCCCGCCUCCCGCGCUGCCCCAUCCCGCCCCUUCCCUCCUCCUGUUAGUGCAUAUUUGCAGGUUGGGCUAGAGGAAUCAGCCGCUAUGUGGUUGAUUCUUUUUUUUUUUUUAACCCUGUCCCUUAUUUACUUUUUACUCCUCCCCUCAAUCUAAAAGCGCUGUUCAAAUGCAACUGGAAAUCUUUAUUCUCCUCCCUCCCCCUCCCCUAAUAUAUUGAGGCUUUGGGGUAGGAGAAAAGUGCACAACCCACCACCCCCCUUCCCCUAUGCAUUAAAGUUCCUUAUUUACCCCUUUGCCUCCUCACAUUACUUCCCACUCCUUUUCUGGCAAAAAGGAGCCUCUUCCUCUCUGUGAUUAAGCGUCCUGCGCAGGGGAGACUGCCCCGUCCAGCCCUGGCUCCACUCUUGGUUUCUCUUGCCGUCUUCUGCUCUUUUCCUGGUGCUCUUCUUGUCGGUGGGGUGUGGGUAAUAGAACAGCCAUAGGCUUUUGGGGACCUUUAACUGUUUUUUCCUUUUCAUUUAUAAAAACACUAAACAUUCAAUUUCAGAGAACCAAAAAUCCCACCUUCCCACCGAACACUAAGGGGCGUGUCUUCUGCGCCAGACCUUUUCUGUUUUUCUUUCUCUCUUGUUAAUGCUUUUAAAAACAAAUGAGUUUUUUAUAUAAAUAAAGU